GACAAGAAAAACAUACUCUUCUCUGGCACUAAUGUUGCUGCUGGAAGGGCGCUCGGCAUUGUCAUUGGCACCGGCUUGGGAACUGCCAUUGGGAAGAUUCGCACUCAGAUGGCUGAGACGGAAGAGAUUAGGACGCCUCUGCAGCAGAAACUGGAUGAGUUUGGAGAACAACUUUCCAAGGUCAUUUCUGUCAUUUGUGUUGCUGUCUGGGCCAUCAACAUCGGGCACUUCAGUGACCCAGUUCAUGGUGGUUCUUGGUUCAAGGGAGCCAUUUACUACUUCAAGAUUGCCGUUGCCCUGGCCGUAGCCGCCAUCCCUGAGGGUCUCCCUGCUGUCAUCACCACUUGCCUUGCCCUUGGCACUCGCCGUAUGGCCAAGAAGAAUGCUAUUGUGAGGUCUUUGCCUUCUGUUGAGACUCUUGGUUGUACCUCUGUUAUCUGCUCAGACAAGACUGGCACGCUCACCACCAACCAGAUGUCCGUCUCUCGCAUGUUCAUUAUGGAUAAGGUUGAGGGUAAUGACUGCUCUCUUCUGGAAUUCGAGAUCACUGGCUCCACCUACGAGCCAAUUGGUGACAUUUACCUUGGUGGAGCUAAGGUCUCAGGAUCAGAUUUUAUUGGAUUGCAAGAACUCUCAACCAUCUCAGUCAUGUGCAAUGAUUCUUCAGUGGACUUCAAUGAAUUCAAAAAUCAGUUUGAAAAGGUUGGCGAAGCAACAGAGACUGCACUCAUUGUCCUGGCUGAGAAAAUCAACCCAUUUAAUCAGUCCAAGUUUGGUGUUGAUCGGCGCUCUGCUGCUCUGGUAACAAAGCGAGACAUGGAGACCCGCUGGAAGAAGGAUUUCACUCUUGAAUUCUCGCGCGAUCGCAAGUCCAUGUCAACAUAUUGCACUCCUCUCCAGCCUUCUAAUCUGGGCACAGGAUCCAAGAUGUUCUGCAAGGGAGCUCCUGAGGGCGUGCUGGAACGUUGCACUUUUGUACGUGUUGGAACACAGAAAGUUCCUCUCACUGCAGCUGUAAAGGAUAAGAUCAUGUCUGUCAUUCGUCAGUAUGGCAGUGGGCGGGAUACACUCCGUUGCUUGGGUCUUGCCGCCAUAGACAAUCCCCCUAAGCCAGAGCAGAUGAACUUGACUGACUCAACUAAGUUCCAUUCGUAUGAAGUCAACAUGACCUUUGUUGGUGUGGUUGGAAUGCUGGAUCCUCCCCGAAAAGAAGUCUGUGAUUCUGUCAAGAGAUGCCGAGCAGCUGGCAUUCGUGUUAUUGUCAUCACUGGGGACAAUAAGGCCACUGCUGAGGCAAUUUGCCGUCGCAUUGGAGUGUUUGAGGAGGACGAGGAUCUAACGGGUCUCUCUUACUCUGGUCGUGAAUUUGAUGAACUUAGUCCCAAGGAGCAAAGGGAAGCUUGCAAUCGUGCCCAACUGUUCUCUCGCGUUGAACCUUUCCACAAGUCCAAGAUUGUUGAAUACUUGCAGGCCGAAGGUGAGAUCUCUGCCAUGACUGGUGAUGGUGUGAAUGAUGCCCCUGCUCUGAAGAAGGCUGAGAUCGGUAUUGCCAUGGGUUCAGGCACUGCUGUGGCCAAGUCUGCUUCUGAGAUGGUGCUUGCUGAUGAUAACUUCUCUUCCAUUGUGGCUGCUGUUGAGGAAGGCCGUGCCAUCUACAACAACAUGAAGCAGUUCAUCCGUUACCUCAUUUCCUCCAACAUUGGUGAAGUGGUGUCCAUCUUCUUGACUGCUGCUCUUGGUCUCCCUGAAGCUCUCAUUCCUGUCCAGCUCUUGUGGGUCAACCUGGUUACUGAUGGUCCACCGGCCACUGCGCUAGGCUUCAACCCCCCUGACCUUGACAUCAUGGACAAGCCCCCUCGCAAGGCUGAUGAGUCUCUCAUCUCUGGCUGGCUCUUCUUCCGCUACAUGGCUAUUGGAGGCUAUGUUGGUGCCGCCACAGUUUUUGCUGCCUCUUGGUGGUACAUGUAUGACCCCACUGGCCCCCAACUCAACUACUACCAGCUGUCUCAUCAUCUGUCCUGUACAACAGAUGUGGAGAACUUUAAAGACGUAGACUGCACUGUCUUCAGCCACCCAGCACCCAUGACUAUGGCCUUAUCUGUGUUGGUUACUAUCGAGAUGCUCAAUGCUCUAAACAGUGUGUCAGAGAACCAGUCUCUGUUGGUGAUGCCACCCUGGGUCAACAUCUGGCUCCUGCUGGCCAUGGCUCUCUCCAUGAUCCUGCACUUCUUCAUUCUCUACAUCAACUUCCUUUCGACUGUGUUUAAUGUUAUGCCACUGUCAGUAGCGCAGUGGAUUGCAGUGAUGGAUAUAUCCUUCCCUGUAAUUAUAUUGGAUGAAACCUUCAAGUUCUUUGCCCGCAAGUUAGCCGAUGGUGAAAAUCCCCUAUACUCAUGCCACUGGAUUGUUUUGGCAUGGGGACUGUACUUGGCAUACAUUAAGCAAUACUUCUUGUAACGUAGGUAAUCCCUUAAUGGAAAAUUAGAUUGUCACAUUCUGUUUGGUGUUAGGGGUUGAUGAAAGGGAGACAGCUCGAGCUGACGAUGCACUUGUGGUGCUCUUUUGUAAGGGAGGGCUGUAAAGGGGCUACAAUAUGUUGUGGCCGUAAAACCCCUGCAGUCCCCUAGCUUCACCGGAGUGGCAGGUUAGGGUUUGGCUGGGAGGGUUUUCAAGAUAUCUUGGAAGCAGAGAUUACAGUUCUCCCAUAACUUUUUCCUUGCAAG